CCGUGACGCUUUCAAGAUCGAAUUCGGAGAUGAUUACCGGAUAAUCAUAAAAGAUGUUUGGAAAGAAUACACUGGAUGGCCAUUGAAUGACAUGGAGAGACAGUACAAGUUCAUGGUGAAACAUGUUGGUCUUUGGUCAGUCGCGUUUCAUGGUACCUCUCCCAAAUGGAUCCACAAAAGUUAUCUCAGUGCUCUUGCCGCUUAUUAUGCCAAAGAAAUAGAGGCCGGUUUAAUGGAGUACAAACCGGACAUUAUUAUUAGCGUGCAUCCAUUGAUGCAACACAUCCCAUUGUGGGUAAUGAAAUGGCAAGGACUUCAUAAGAAAGUCAUUUUUGUGACGGUCAUCACUGAUCUAAACACUUGUCACCGUACAUGGUUCCAUCAUGGAGUCAGCAGAUGUUAUUGUCCGUCCAAAGAGGUCGCUAAGAGAGCAUUAGUAGACGGCCUUGAUGACUCUCAAAUCCGUGUCUUUGGCUUACCCGUCCGCCCAUCAUUCCCCCGCACUAUUAUCAACCAGGAUGAACUAAGGAGAGAGCUUGAAAUAGACUUAAAUCUACCUGCGGUUCUAUUAAUGGGAGGCGGUGAAGGAAUGGGUCCGGUUCAGAAAACCGCUAAAGCCCUCGGGGAUUCUUUAUAUAACUUUAAAGAAAGAAAGCCAAUAGGACAAUUGAUUGUCAUAUGCGGCCGGAACAAAGUUCUUGCCUCUGCAUUAGCAUCCUAUGAAUGGAAGAUUCCUGUCAAGGUUCGAGGGUUUGAAACACAAAUGCAAAAAUGGAUGGGAGCUUGUGAUUGUAUCAUCACAAAGGCUGGUCCAGGUACAAUCGCGGAAGCAUUGAUAUGUGGUCUCCCAAUUAUCCUCAAUGACUAUAUUCCUGGACAGGAAAAAGGGAAUGUACCGUAUGUUGUGGAUAAUGGGGCUGGAGUUUUCACUCGAAGUCCCAAAGAAACGGCGAGAAUCGUGGCCGAUUGGUUCAGCAGCAACAAAACAGGAUUAAAAACUAUGUCAGAAAAUGCUCUUAAGUUAGCACAACCUGAGGCCGUUUUCGACAUCGUCAAGGAUAUCCAUCAUCUAUCCCAGCAACAACAACAACGUAUUCCACUCUUAAUAGAUUUUCCUACUGACGUACUUCUUUCUUAGCCUAUAAGUUUCCUUCAUCUCUUAAUAUUGUAUAUUGUCUAGUGCUUUGUCAUAUUCUUUGAUCGCUCAUUUGUAACAUUCAUAUAUGCUUGUCCAUCACAUUUGCUAUUUCUUUUCAUGUGCUUUAAUGGAUUUAAGUUUUGAAUAUA